UCGGACAUGUCAGAUCGUGUGUGGCGUUAAGUUAAUGCCGCCACGAAAAACGUGGGACGGGAUUAGCGCGGCGUUUGUCAUGUGUGCUUUUUUGGCAAUCACGUUUGAGGGCAAAAGUUUAACUGACUAGUACUGGACAUGCUGGACGAAUACGGGAUAAGUGUCAACUGUCAUAAUGAUGUCUAGAGACAGGGAUCUAGAACUUGCUUUGAAAUUACAGGCGCAAUUCGACGAGGAAGCAGUACGGGAGAUAGCAGAAAAUGAGCAACCAUCCACUGGCACCGCGUCGACGGCGUGGGCAUCAUCAAGUUCAAUUGAUGAGCAUGAUGCGGGAUUCGGAGAAUAUGGCAGUGUAUCACAAGCUGUAAAUCCGAGCCUAAAGCAGCCAAUGUCCAUUGUAGAUGAGCGGUGGGAACUGUUGGACCCUAACCCCGACAUGAGAGCCAUGUUUCUGGAAUUCAAUGACAAGUAUUUUUGGGGACGAUUGGCAGGCGUCGAAGUCAGGUGGAGUCCACGAAUGACCUUGUGUGCAGGUUUAUGCUGUUAUGAGGGGCAUGGAGGACUGUGCUCCAUUCGUUUGAGUGCCCCAUUGUUGAAACUGAGACCAAGAAAAGACUUAGUGGAAACAUUAUUGCACGAGAUGAUCCACGCCUAUUUAUUUGUGACCGCCAAUAACAGGGAUCAUGAUGGACAUGGACCAGAGUUCUGCAAGCACAUGAACAGAUUGAAUCAAUCCACUGGCACAAACAUUACUAUAUACCACAACUUUCAUGAUGAAGUGGAUGUGUACCGUCAGCACUGGUGGCGCUGCAAUGGACCCUGUCAGAAACGACCCCCGUAUUACGGAAUGGUGCGCAGAGCCAUGAACAGGGCACCAUCUAAGCGGGAUCCCUGGUGGGCGGAGCAUCAGCGCACCUGUGGGGGGUCGUAUACCAAGGUCAAGGAACCUGAAGGAUACGGAGUCAAGAAAGGAACUAAGCGGAAGAAGGCAGAUGCCGAUGAGGACGACAUUGAAAAUGAUACAAAGAAGAGGGCAACUGAUGAUGUCCCAACUUCAUCAUUUCCUGGUAAAGGUUUUAGAGUUGGAGGAACUGGCUCCACAUCUAGAUUGGUGCCACCCAAAAUGGCUACCUUGGACAAAUUCCUGAAGAAGGUUGAAGGUCCAAAAAAGUCUCCAGGGCAGCAACCUCCCCAGUCAUCUCCUGCCUCAAGAAGCCAAAGCGAGGAGGAGGUGGAAGAUGCUAGCCAAGUUAACCAGUCCAAGAAUGCCAGACUGAGAGCCCUUGCAGCGAUAUUUGACAGCGAUGAUUCGGACGAGGAGGACAUUGUGAUUGUGAAGUUUGACAAGCCCCUCAAAGAGGCACCCUCCAAUGGAUUCCAAAUCGGGGAGACCUCCACUUCACACAGCAAAGCUAGGUCCUCUCAGUCUGAUGGUUGUCACGCCUAUAAUUCUGGUCUUCCAACUCAAAGCAGCUCGCAGCAUGCGGAUAGCUCACCCACCUCGAAACCAGAAGUGAUCAGCCAACCUGAUGCCGCAUCCAAAACCAAAAACAGUGGUGCAUCCACUUCCAAGGGAGCCAGAGAGGAUCAUGGGAAGAAACAGGACUCCAUCAUAGAUGCCUUCAGUCGGAUGAGACAGCAGUCAGGCAAAACUGACUAUGUCCCCAGAGACAGUGAAGCAAACGAACGACACCAAGAUGGAUCUUUUACGAGAAACACUACAAAGAGCACUGAACAAGGAGAAAGUAGAACACCUGAUAACGAGAUGGUCAACUGCCCUGUUUGUCAAUGCAAAGUCGAACGGUCCAAAAUCAACCAGCACCUUGAUCAGUGCUUAUCAUGACAGAGGUCGAGGGUGUGACUAUUUGUUGUGUGAAGGAAGGAUGAUUGCACUACAACUUUUUUUUUCUUGCUUCAAGGCAUGUCUUUAAAUGUUAGUUUGAACAAUUCAAUACAUUUAUCAGUACCUACGAGUGGAAGCUGUAAAGUCAUAGGCUCCAUACAUGUACAUCACUUCACUUAAUUUUAUUGCUCAAAAUGGACUCUCUUAGUUUUCUUUGACUGGAUUAAAAAAUUGUCUUUCACCUGUUUAUUCAAGCUGGGAAGAGAGAGUAAUGCAAGGCUUUCAUUUCAAAGACAAGAAACCUUCCAUUUUAUUUCCAAAUGUACAUGCAUAAACAUGUGUAUCAAACAUUCUCAAAGACUUCCCAAAUGGUAUACAUGUACGUAUUUCCACCCAAAAUGGGAAAAUGUAAGUUUUCUACAAGUCAGUUCAUUACUCAUCACAUGAAAAUUUUAGACAGGAGUACACGCAUGUGUAGAUCAUGGUUUCUAGGUGACAUUUUUACAUUGUGCUGUAUAUAUUAAAAUGAGGAAGAAACAGUCGUCAGAAAUAAAAGAGUGACCAUCGCUUAAAUUUGAAUGAUGUGAGAUGAUGAAUCCAGGUUUAGGGCAAUAUCAGUUCGACUUCAUGGUACAUGUAUCUUCCAGUGGCAGAUAAGAUGACCGCAUUUGGAAGAAAGAAUAGUUCUUGUCAUGUGACAGAGUAUUUCAAAUUGUAUACUUUAUGCAAAUGCAGCUGGCAAACCUGUACAAGUACGGGCCUAGCUGAUGGUGACAAAACCCAUGAACCUUUCUACAGAGCUGAAAAUGUAAUAAAU